AUGGGUGAUGAUGUUGUUCUUCCAUGUCAGCUUAAACUUGCUGUUGAUGCUAAUUCUGAGACUGUGAACUGGAUCAAACCUGGUGCGGACCCAGAUGUUGUCCAUCUUCAUAAAGAUGGACGGCUGGUGUUUGAGAACCAAAAUCCAUCUUAUCACUUUCGUACACGAGUCUUUGUGGAUGAACUGAUCAAAGGGAAUGUCUCCCUUAAAAUAUUCAAAGUGAAACUCUCUGAUGAAGGAACGUACAGAUGCUCCAUUCCCUGGAUACCUGAAGAAGCUUCCAUUGUUCUCAAUGUUGCUUCAGCAUCAACACCCGUCAUAAAGGUGAUGUCAAAUGACAGCAGCAGGGUGGUGUUACAGUGUGAGUCUGUAGGCUGGUAUCCAGAGCCUGAGCUGCUGUGGUUGGACGGUGAGGGAAACCUCCUCUCUGCUGGACCUACAGAGACCCUCAAAGGUCCUGAUGACCUCUAUACUGUCAGCAGCAGAGUGACUGUGGAGAAGAGACACAGCAACAACAUCACCUGCAGAGUCCAACAGAGGAACACCAACCAGAGCAGAGAGACACACAUACAUGUUCCAG